GUUGGCAGGCAGAGUCCGAGGGUGGUGCCGUACCCAGCCCACAGUCUAUGUCCUGGGGAGCCUGGCCUUCAGAGUGCAGCAGUUGUGUCAAUGGGCUCAGCUGAUCAUCGACUGAACCUAGCAGAGAUCCUUUCACAGAACUAUGGUGUACGGGAAGAAAGGGAAGAUGAUGAUGAUACUCAGGAGAAGCAGAAAUCUUUAGAAGAGCUGGAGAAGACUUUCAGUGCCUCUCAGAGCAGUGAAAUGCCAUUUGAGGAGCUGCUUGCGCUUUAUGGCUAUGAGGCAUCUGAUCCCAUCUCGGAGCAGGACAGCGAGAGCAAUGAUAUUACUCCGAAUCUCCCAGAUAUGACUCUGGAUAAGGAACAAAUAGCGAAGGAUUUGCUUUCAGGGGAAGAAGAGGAGGAGACACAGUCUUCAGCUGAUGAUCUGACUCCAUCCGUCACGUCCCACGAUGCAUCGGACCUAUUCCCAACCCAGCCUGGCUCAAACAAUUUCCUUGCUGAUGAAGACAAAGAGCCCUGUUCAUCUCCAUGUGCUUCCUCCAUGGCUGAGGACUCAGAGGAGGAUUCCAUCCCAUCCAACGAGUGUAAGAAGGAGAUCAUGGUUGGACCUCAGUACCAAGCCACUGUUCCCAUCCUCCACUUAAACAGGCACAGUGAAAAAGCCUAUGAGAAUGAAGAUCAGCUGCUUUGGGACCCAAACAUACUCCCUGAGAGAGAGGUUGAAGAGUUCCUGUACUGUGCAGUGAAGCGGCGAUGGGACGAGCUGUCUAGCAGCAGCCUGCCAGAAGGAGAGGUGGUGAAGGACAAUGAACAGGCUUUGUAUGAACUGGUUAAAUGCAACUUCAAUGCAGAAGAGGCACUGCGGAGGCUACGGUUCAACGUGAAGGUUAUCAGAGAUGAGCUUUGUGCCUGGAGCGAGGAAGAAUGUAGAAAUUUUGAACAUGGCUUCAGGGUCCAUGGGAAAAACUUUCAUCUUAUCCAAGCAAACAAGGUCCGCACCCGGUCAGUGGGCGAGUGUGUGGAAUAUUACUACAUGUGGAAAAAAUCAGAGCGCUAUGACUACUUCACUCAGCAGACUCGUUUAGGAAGGAAGAAGUACGUCCUCCACCCUGGAGCCACGGAUUACACUGACAAUGACUUGGAUGGAGGUGAAGUAGAAAACACCAGUCGUUCUCGGAGCUCCCCACCAAUUCCCUCUGCAACUGGCUGCCUGGAUUCUCACUUUGGUCAAGAUCAGCUAGCAAUAGAGAGCACAGAACCCCUGAGCGUGGAGAGCACAGCCUGCAGCCUGGGCAGCAUGAGUGAAUCGGGGCAGGGCUAUGAGUGCAGUACUCCUUCAGAGACGAAUUGUUCCUUCGACCCUGCGGAGGAGACGUCCACGGGCGCCAUCUCUGCUUCCUGCACACGAGACACUGUCACCCCCUCGGAAUCGGGGCUCUAUGCUCUGCCGCCGGCAGGACCAGGACUAGUAGAGAAGCAGGAGAUGUUGCAGAGCUCUGGUGAGACGAUAACGAUGGACUUCACUCUCCCUGCAGACAUUAAUGAGGAUUUGCCUUUAAUUGCUGGCCCUGUGGAUUUGGACAGACACCCAGAGGCGGUGGUGGCCCCUGCGCAAGUGUCCUUAUCGGUCACAGAUUUUGGCCUCAUUGGCAUCGGAGAUGUAAAUACUUUUCUGACUGCUCACCAGGCUUGCCCAGCACCUGUGGCUCGGUCAGAGCCUUUGUCACAGUGA